AUGAGGGAUCGUUUGGCAGAGUUGGCCCAGGUGAAAGAGGUACAGUCUCGGAUAUUGAAGAUCACUUCUCAUGUAGAGGAAGUGAGGAGGAAACACAAUGAGAUUCUGUCCGCUCCGAUCUCCGAGCAGAGGAAGAAGCAUGAACUGGAGGAGCUGAACAAGGAUAUCAAGAGAGACUCCACCCUGGUGCAGGCAGAACUCAAAGCGAUCAAACAAGGCUUGUCUCUUGAUGAGAAUGAAAACAAUGCCUCAGUGGAUCAACGCAUACAGAAAAAUCAGCACUCGGAUCUGACCCGGCAGUUUGUGGAGGCCAUGACGGCUUACAGCAAGAUACAGGUGGCCUUCAGGGAUGAGUCCAAGAACCGAAUCCUCAGACAACUGGAGAUCACUGGAAAGGUGACUUCAAAUGAAGAGUUGGAGGCCAUCUUGCAGUCUGACAAUCCCUCGAUCUUCACAUUUGAUGUGGCCCAGGACUCCCAAAUGACGCGUCACGCCCUGAGCGAGAUCGAGUCCCGGCACCAUGACAUCAUGGACCUGGAGUCGAGCAUCAGAGAGCUGAACGAGAUGUUCACCGACGUCGCCGUGCUGGUAGACACCCAGGGUAACCUGACGAAUAACAUAGAGAAGAACGUGAGCAGCGCUGCAGAGUACAUUUUCGUUGCCAAAGGAGAAACCAAGAAGGCAGUGCUGUACAAGAAGAAGGCGUGCAGGAAGUAUAUCAUUAUUGCUGCAGUUGUUGCAACAUUGCUGGCGUUGAUAGCGCUAAUUGUCGGUUUAGCCUUGGGUCUACCCAAGGCCUAACCUCCGUCCAACCCAGACAUGGUGGACACUCAAAUGAAGGAUCAAGUGCACAAGCAUUAUACACCAGAAGAUGGCACUGCAGAUGUGGCUUCUGAUUAGACCUUCUGAAAAAGUGUUAAGAGUUAAGAUGGCUGGGUAAAAUGUCUUACAUUAAUGUAUUCAUUUAAUAUUGCCUAUUUUAUGUAAUCACAAUCUUUUUUAACUUUGAAUCGACUAUUUAUUAGUAUUUAUUUAAUUUAUAUCUAAUAUAGAGACCUUCGUGACCAAAUAUUUGUAAUGUCAUUGUUAUUCUAUCAAUGUCCCGUGCCUUUUGUUUUCUAAAUGAAUGUAUAUUUUGUAUUGUAUAGUUUCAUAAAAUCAUUAGCUGUGGACCUUUUGGUCUGAAAUGAAGAACCCUUUGUGGAGCAAGAGAAACCAUCCUUUCAAUAUGCUGAGCAGGUUGACCAAAGUGCCUGCGGGCCAAUAAAGGGAUCAGGUUAUCUGACCACCCUCUCGUCACUGUCUCUGCUGUUCCCAGAAGGCCGAUUGUUCUGUUUGCGAAGCCCAAGUUAAUAUCAAUGAAUUAGCCUGCUUUGGGUGGCAUUUUUUGACACAUUUACAACUUAUGUCCCCAGGACAAGGGCAAAGGGCUGUUUUAUCUGCUGCUAUGGCUGCAUGAAUCAGCAUUGAUUUUAAGUGUGAUGCCCUAUUCUGUCUUGCUACCUCUCUAGCUCUCUUACAUACACACACGCAUGCACACGCACGCACAUGCACACGCACACACCAACACACCUUAGUUGGUGCCCACAUGCACGCACACACACGAGCGCACGUACACACCUUAGUCUAUGCCCACAAACACACCUUAGUGGGUGCCUACGCAGACAUACACGCACAAACAC